GUCAUUCCUAGCAUUGCUAUGGUGGAGACAUAUGUUAGAUUGCUGUUGAUUGAUCCUCACUCAUUAUUCCGUCCUCAUUUCACGACUUUGACCCAAAGAUCCCCAUCAAUUUUGAGCAAGCCUGGUGUUUCCGUAUUGCUUCUUGAAAUAUUGAACUAUAGGUUGUUGCCAUUGUACAGGUACCAUGGCAAGAACAAGGCUUUGAUGUAUGAUGUGACAAAGAUUAUAUCAAUGAUAAAGGGUAAACGUGGAGAACACCGACUCUUCAGACUAGCGGAGAAUUUAUGUAUGAAUUUGAUCCUUUCAAUAAGGGACUUUUUCCUAGUGAAGAAAGAGUUAAAGGGGCCUACUGAAUUUACUGAAACGCUAAAUCGAAUGACAAUUAUUAGUCUUGCUAUCACUAUCAAAACACGGGGUAUUGCCGAGGUUGAACAGAUGGUUUAUCUUCAACCCUUGUUGGAGCAAAUAAUGGCAACUAGUCAGCAUACAUGGUCAGAAAAGACGUUAAGAUACUUCCCUCCACUUAUAAGAGACUCCUUAAUUGGUAGAAUGGAUAAGAGGGGUCAGGCUAUUCAAGCGUGGCAGCAGGCAGAAACUACUGUGAUACACCAGUGCACUCAGCUUCUUUCUCCAUCGGCUGAUCCAACUUAUUCUAUGACGUAUCUUAGUCAUAGCUUUCCUCAACAUCGGCAAUAUCUUUGUGCUGGCGCUUGGGUGCUUAUGAAUGGACUCCCUGAGAGUAUCAGUAGUGCAAAUCUUGCACGCGUCUUAAGGGAAUUUUCGCCUGAAGAAGUAACAUCAAAUAUAUACACCAUGGUUGAUGUACUUCUGCACCAUAUUCAGUUAGAGCUACAAAGGGGUCAUGCAGCACAGGACCUUCUAUCUAAGGCAAUCUCAGGCAUUGUUUUCUUCAUUUGGACACAUGAGCUGCUUCCUCUUGAUAUUUUGCUUCUUGCUCUAAUAGACAGGGAUGAUGAUCCCUAUGCAUUGCGCAUUGUGAUAAGUUUGCUUGACCGAACAGAACUCCAGCAGAGGAUUAAAAUGUUCUGUGCAAGUCGUACUUCGCCUGAGCAUUGGCUCAAUAACCAGCCCCCAAAAAGAGUUGAAAUUCAAAAAGCUCUUGGAAACCACCUUGUGUGGAAAGACAGGUACCCUCCUUUUUUUGAUGAUAUUGCUGCACGACUGGUCCCUGUGAUUCCACUAAUCAUUUAUAGGUUAAUUGAAAAUGAUGCUACUGAUAUUGCUGAAAGAGUUCUGGCAUUAUAUUCUUCACUUCUCAUCUUCCACCCACUAAGAUUUACUUUUGUUCGCGAUAUCCUUGCAUAUUUUUAUGGUCAUCUCCCAAGCAAGCUUAUUGUUCGCAUACUCAAAGUUCUCGACAUUUCAAAGAUUCCGUUGUCAGAGUCAUUUCCUCAAUAUGUUUCAUCAAAUCCACCUAUCUGCCCACCCGUGGACUACUUUGCUACUCUGUUAGUAGGCUUGGUGAAUGGUGUUAUUUCUCCAUUAAACAGUAAAUCAAAAUCUGAGACAGCGAGUGAGCCUUCUGGCAUUUCUGGCCGUCCAACAAUAAGCAAAAGUCAAGCAUCUCCUCAGUCAGCAUCAGCCAACAAUGCUGAUGGGCAGAAAGCAUUUUACCAAAAUCAGGAUCCAGGGACGUAUACACAGCUUGUCCUGGAAACUGCAACCAUUGAAAUACUUUCACUUCCAGCAACAGCAUCCCAUAUAGUAUCUUCACUAGUUCAAAUUGUUGUUAAUGUACAGCCCUCACUAAUUCAGUCUACCAAUGGCCUGCAAGGGCUGUCAGGGGGGUCUGGGCAGACUUCUGGUCUCCCAACAUCUCCAUCGGCCGGAGGGUCCGAAUCAUCUGGGCCAAAUCGUUCAGCUCCAGCACCUGGAAUAAAUGCUACCAAUUUUGUUUCCAAAAGUGGUUACUCAUGCCAACAAUUGUCUUGUUUAAUGAUUCAAGCAUGUGGGCUUCUAUUAGCCCAGCUCCCACCUGAAUUUCACUUGCAACUCUAUUCGGAGGCUUCUCGUAUAAUUAAAGAAUGUUGGUGGCUUACUGAUGGCAUGAGGUCAAUUAAGGAGCUGGAUUCAGCUGUUAGUUAUGCUUUGGUGGAUCCAUCAUGGGCUUCUCAAGAUAACACCUCAACCGCCAUAGGAAAUAUAGUUGCCCUUCUGCAUUCUUUCUUUAGUAAUCUUCCACAUGAGUGGCUAGAAUCCACACACACUAUCAUCAAACAUCUUCGUCCUGUGACAUCAAUUGGAAUGAUGAGAAUAGCAUUCCGUAUAAUGAGCCCAUUGCUGCCACGUCUUGCCUUUGCCCGCCCACUUUUCAUGAAGACUUUAGCUCUUCUAUUCAAUGUGAUGGCGGAUGUCUUUGGAAAGAACUCUCAGCCUGCAACUCCUGUGGAUGCAUCAGAGAUAAGAGACCUGAUAGACUUCAUGCACCAUGCAGUUAUGUAUGAGGGGCAAGGAGGACCAGUUCAAACUAGUAGCAAACCUAAGCCAGAGAUUUUGACAUUGUGUGGUAAAGUUAUGGAACUCCUCAGACCAGAUGUCCAGCAUCUCUUCACUCACCUACAGACUGAUCCAAACUCCUCCAUCUAUGCAGCUACUCACCCAAAACUGGCUCACAAUCCUACAUGAGAAGAUAUCCCCUUUAUCUAUUUAUAAUAGGGUCAAGCCAUAAGCUGAAUGGGGAAGCUCUAUAUAUGUAGUUUUGAUGUCAUAUACUGUGUUUGAUAUAGUAGCUUUAGGUCUCUUUAGGAGGUCAUAAUGUGUUGUAAUGUGCUAUAAUAAGUUUGUAUGGUUGAUCCAUGAGAUGUAAAUAAUUAAAAGAUUUAUUCUAAGUUUUAUUUUUUUUAGAUCA